AAGCUUUGUUGACACUGCUGCCUCUGCACCAAGCGCAUAUCUUCCCCCUGAAAGAUGCACCAACCACAUGCCAUUCCGCUCCCUAGAGCCUAGUGAUUACAUAUUCUGUGAUGAAGUUGGAGCUCGCAAUUUGCUCUUCUGCAUCUUGAUUCCAGAUCCGCUCGGCUUCUGAACCUAACAAAGAGAGCAGGGCAGGGACAGGACAAGAAGAAAAAGGAGAGCCAUUUCCGGAGCAGAGGAGGCAGGCAACUGGGUCAGACAGGCCAUGGCCCAGCCCUUCUCCUCCUCCCGCGUCCCCUCCUCUUCCUGCGUGCCUCGCCGCCCGCCUCCAUCGGCCUUCUCCCCGCCCCCAAGAAAAAGCGCCUCUCAUGUUGCCGUGUACGGCCCGCGCCGCCGGGCCGUCACGGCCACGGCGUCCCUCCACCUCGGCCCGGGGGAGAUCGCCGAGCUCGCGCGCAACAAGGUUUUGAUUGCCGCGAUGGCGGCGAGCGCGAUCGGGCAGCUGUCCAAGCCCUUCACCUCGGGCACGAAAUGGGGCGCCGGCGGCGCCGGUUUUGACGCCAAGACCGCCUUCCGCUCCGGAGGGAUGCCCUCCACCCACUCCGCGAGUGUUGUGGCUGUGGCUACUUCGCUUGGCCUAGAAAGGGGGUUUGCAGACUCUGUAUUCGGGAUGUCACUGGUGUUUGCCGCGAUUGUAAUGUAUGAUGCUCAGGGAGUUAGAAGAGAGGUGGGCAAGCAUGCAAGGGUUUUGAACAAGUUUUUGGUUCUUAGAGAGAGGGUACCUCAAGAUUCAGAGGUGGACAUGGCUCCCGAGUUUGUUUCGGUAACUGAGGAGGCGAUUUCCUUGCCCCGUUCAAAUGCGAGCCCCUCCCCGAGGCACAGUUCAAGGACUGAAUCACCAAGGUUGAGCGGACUCCGGAGUUCAGAACCUGAGAUAACUGAAGUGACAGAACUGAAUUCGUCUAACCUGUUGAGUGAAUCUGUUGGCCACACAGAGCUCCAGGUCACAGUGGGCGCCUUGUUAGGUUUUAUUGUGAGCUUAGCCGUAUAUGCGACACUGUAACAGCGAUCUUUAUUACAUUCUUAGUUACACAUACAGAUUGUUGUUACGCAAAGUACACAAGUGAUUGAUUAUUCCCACGGUUAUAUCAGAAAUACCUUUGUCACUUUCAAACUAUGACCAAAUUGUAUGAUAUGAGCUUUGUGCCUUAUUCUCUGA